UUCUUUUUGUUUCUUUCGCUCUGUUCAAAACAAAAACACAGCAAGUUUUUUUUCUAAUUUUUUUUAUUUUUACGUAUCUCUGUUUCAAAACAGAGCACAAUUUUUUUUUUUUUGGUUUUUCGUUUUGGUUUUUAUUUCGAGUAUUAUAGAAAAAGGUUCAAGUUAUGAACAAUCUGUAUUAACCAAAAUUAUCUUUUUAAAGGCUAUUCGUAAUUAUAGGAUUGAUACCCAGAUCCGCAUUAAUCUCUAAGAACCAACUAUAAGCUGACAUUUUGCAUGUUCUAAAUAUUGGUCCAAGGAAAAACAAGUAUUUUAUCAAUUUUCAAAUGUCUAGUCGUAUUUUUUUUAUAUCGUAUUUAACAAAUUUAGACAACAGAAUUAUUACAUAUUUGAAAAAAUAAUUUUUUUUUGGGGCAUUGUUGGUUAAUUAUACCUCCAAUUUUAUUUUAAUUAUUUUGGGGGUGCAGAGUUGCCUUUUGGGGUUCCAUAAUUUGAUUCAAAAAAUCCACAUUUUGAUCCGUUUCUCACUUUUUGAGUUUUUUUUUUCUUGGAUUUGGGGAUCUGGGUCCUUGUUGAUUUCUACUGUGAGCUUUUUGGAAUCUCUCAAAUUUAGCAAUCUCUUUGGGAUCUUGGGUCUUCCUUGUUCAAUCGAAAGUUAGAAUCUUUUUAUAUCAUUCCAAAUAAAGAGAAAAUUGGGAGACAUUUUGUUGAGGAAUUUAGAUUGCUGAUCCUUGGCCUGGGAGACCUUAUUUCUGGGAUGGUUGAAUCCUAUAGAAGAGGACAAAACUGCAUUGAAUGAGGCAGUUCCCUGUUUGGAAAACAAGAGGGGCUCUAAAUUAUGGGUUGCAUUUGCUCUAAAGGAACUCAAGCUAAUGAAUAUGUUGAAAAUAACCAAGGCAAAAAAGACAAGGCACACAAGGAUUCAGGGAAAACCUCAAAAAAGUUGUCUGUUUCUUCUAAGAGGGACAAUGUAGUGGUGGAGGCAGAUGCCACUGCACGGUUGAUAUCAAAUCUGCAGCCAAAUCACAAUGCCGGUUCUGCGCCUGCAUCCUCUUCUGAUGAUGAGGAAAAGAAGGCAGGAUUGGCGGUUGUUGAGAGGUCUAAAAGGACCCCAUCCCAGCUGCAAAGGCGGUCAACAAUGGAGGCUGUGGCAAGGGGUGGACAAGGGCAGCCGAGGAUGUCCAGGGUCAUGAGUGCAACUGGUGGCGAGAGAGGUGCACAGGUGAUUGCUGGUUGGCCUUCUUGGCUAGCAGCUGUUGCUGGAGAAGCCAUCAAUGGGUGGAUACCUCGAAAGGCAGACUCAUUUGAAAAGUUGGAAAAGAUCGGUCAAGGAACUUACAGCAGUGUGUACAAAGCUCGUGACCUUGAAUCAAACAAGAUCGUUGCCUUGAAGAAAGUGCGAUUUGCUAAUAUGGACCCUGAAAGUGUUCGUUUCAUGGCAAGAGAAAUUAUUAUUUUGCGUAGGCUUGAUCACCCUAAUGUUAUGAAGCUUGAAGGUCUAAUUACUUCUAGGGUGUCUGGAAGUUUAUACCUUAUAUUUGAAUACAUGGAGCAUGAUCUUGCAGGGCUUGCAGCAACACCUGGGGUUAAGUUCACUGAGGCUCAGAUCAAGUGUUACAUGCGACAGCUACUCCGUGGACUUGACCAUUGCCAUAGUCGUGGUGUUUUGCAUCGUGACAUCAAGGGAUCAAACCUCUUGGUAGACUAUAAUGGCAACCUCAAGAUUGGUGAUUUUGGAUUGGCAACUUUUUUCCGUCCCAGUCAGAAGCAGCCUCUAACAAGUCGUGUAGUAACUUUAUGGUACCGCCCUCCUGAGCUUUUGCUCGGUGCUACAGACUAUGGAGUAGCUGUUGAUCUUUGGAGUUCUGGUUGCAUUCUUGCAGAACUAUUUGCUGGAAAGCCUAUCAUGCCUGGAAGAACUGAGGUGGAGCAACUGCACAAAAUCUUCAAGCUCUGUGGAUCACCUUCGGAAGAGUAUUGGAAGAGAUCAAAAUUGCCACAUGCAACCAUUUUCAAACCUCAACAUCCUUACAAACGUUGUGUUCCUGAGACAUUCAAGGACUUUCCUGCAUCUGGUUUGGCCCUUUUGGAGGUUCUUCUUGCAAUAGAACCUGAAUGUCGCGGAACUGCUUCUUCAGCACUUCAGAGUGAGUUCUUUACAACAAAUCCUCUUCCCUGUGAUCCAUCUAGUUUGCCCAAGUACCCACCCAGUAAGGAGUUUGAUGCCAAGCUUCGAGAAGAGGAAUCUAGAAGGCGAAGAGCAGCUGUUGGGAAAGUACGUGGACAUGAUCCGGUUAGAAAGGUUUCCAAAGAAUCUACAGCUGUUCCUGCCCCAGAUUUCAAUGCUGAGUUACAGGCAUCCAUACAGAAGCGGCAAGGACAGUUUAAUGCUAAAAGUGUCAGUGAAGUAAACCAUCCUGAAGAAGAUGGGGGCGCUGGCUUCCCCAUUGAGCCUCCAAAAGGAUCAGCAAGAGUUGUAUACUCUCAUUCUGGCCAGUCAAUGCACCCCAGUAACUUUGGAUCUUCACGAAAUAUGAAGUCGAAUGAGAUUGAGUCUACGAAGGCUACUGCUCGAACAUUUGGUUCUCCAAGGAAGGCUGAAGAGUUGAGAACUCAGACAACAUAUGUCCAUCGCGGAGCAGUGGAAUUAUCCAGAUUUUCUAACUCAGUUGCAGUUAGAGGCAGUUCACGGUUUGACAUGACAAAAGGGAAUAGCAUAAAUCCACACUGGCCAGAGGAGCGAUUCAAUACCGGAUAUAACCAUCUGGAUAAUGCUGAGUCCUCCCAUCAUUUACUUGAUAGGGCAAAGACUUCACAUGUGAAGGAUGAACAGCCAUCUUCCAAGGAAUCAACAGUGGGUUAUUUUCCCAAGAAAAACCGAAUCCAUUAUUCUGGACCAUUGAUGCCUCCUGGAGGAAACCUUGAGGAAAUGCUCAAAGAGCACGAGAGACAAAUCCAGAGUGCUGUCCGCAAAGCUCGUUUGGACAAGACAAAGGCAAAAAAUGACAUUGAUGAUAAUGGAUUAACUGAAUCGCUACUUUACCAUGCAAGAAAUGGCAGAUGAGGUUCAAUAAACAUGAAAUUCCCAUGGAUUUCAACCUGGCAGCUAUAUAAUUUUUCCAUCUGAAAUUCGUCCUGAAGUUCUAACUACAAAAAAAG